AUGGGCAGGAGGAGAGAAGGAAAUGAGAAUGCCAUCAUUGGAAUGUGGCGCAGGCUGGACGUCAGUCUCGUGUACGAGAGGGAUUCCACCGGGCCCGCGCGGAUCAUGGGCGACCCCACCCGCAACAGAGAGCGGGCCGUGUACACGUCCAACGUGCUCACGUUCGCGUUCCCCCGCGUUAUUUUUCCCUCCCCCUCCCCUCCCACCCUCCCUCCGCGUCUGUUCUCGCGUUCUCAUCAGGUUUACUGCUCUCCCGAGCACAAGGUCGGCCACGUCUUCUCGCUCGUCGCGAGGAAAGAGCAGCCGCCCUCGUGCGCGCUGACGCACUGCUUGAAAGCGCGGUUCCUCCCGUGCGGCUUCUGCCUCGCGAUCAACAUGUACAACUGGAUCGCCGUCGUCGCCGGCCGCGAGCACGAAAUCAACAACGAGCUGUACGAGCUCCCCAUCGGGGAGUUCGCGAAGAGUAACUUCAUCCGCAUCAAGUUCAAGGCUGACUUCUACCAGUGCAUCACCUGCCCCUGCGCUUGGCCGUUCGUUGUCUUUAAUAAAGCGGUGUUGUGCAAGUGCAACCCGUGGAAACAUUACGAUCACUUGAACUACGACAAGCCGCGGUGGAGCGACAACGACGGGAGGGUCUCCGCGGGCAGGUACAUAACCCCGGGGAACUUUUUCAAGACGCCGUCGAUGAAGGCUCCCGCGAAAGGCGAUGACCCGAUCGAGAAGAUCUCCGCGCUGAAGAAGCUCUACGACGCGGAUGCGAUCGACAAGGAGGAGUACGAGACGGCAAAGGCGGCGCUCUUGAAGCAAGUAGUCUAA